AUGUCUAAUCGCCACCUGCCACGUUACAUCUCAUCACGGCCUACAAGCCUGCCACGUGAUCAUUCGCGGACUUGCCAAAGUAAAGGUCCGCCUGACCCUCAGGAGGCUGCCCAAGAAGUCCUCUCUGUUAUUAACUCGACAGGCUCAGACCUGACGGACAUGGACCGUGUUCGCCAAGUCACCAUAUCUCUCUUGCGGGCCAAUGAAUGCCUCUCCAGGAUGGUGGCAGAAGCUGAGAUUAAAAUGACUAUGAAUACUUCCACCAGCGAAUCCGGACUGACAAAAGUACCGGAGGAUAGGUAA